AUAUUAAGUUCAACGCCAUCCGGCAACACUGGCGCUGCAAUAGCGGCAAAAAAAGAGAAUAAUUUUUUGCCAUUUACGUUGGCGUAAAGUUCUGUCGCACAACAAUUAUAAAGCUCGGCCAGCUGGGUUGCACAAGAGCGGUGGCGGCGGACAGAGAAGAAAUUAGAGAAAAACAAACCAAAAGACAGGGCAAAUCAGUCUAGUCAACAAAAGCAGACCAAAUGAGCACGCACUUCGAGACUAACGAGCAGCACAAACUAAGCCAAAAAUAAAGCUAAAGAUAAAAGAGAGAAAGAAAGCAUCACACAUACUGUAUUGCACACACAUCCUAUUACACUGAGCGAAACAGUUAACAAAAUCGGUGGCAAGAUGCGGGUGGUGGCCAUGGUCAGUGGCGGCAAGGAUAGCUGCUACAACAUGAUGCAGUGCGUUGCCGAGGGUCACGAAAUCGUUGCCCUGGCUAAUCUGCAUCCAAAGGAUAGAGACGAACUGGACAGCUUUAUGUACCAGACGGUCGGCCACAUGGGCAUCGAGAUUCUGGCCAACGCCAUGGGAUUGCCACUAUAUCGUCGCGAAACCAAGGGCAAGAGCACCCAAACGGGCAAACAGUACGUGCCCACCGAUGAUGACGAGGUCGAGGAUCUAUAUAGUCUGCUGGAGACAUGCAAGCACGAACUUCAGGUAGAUGCGGUGGCCGUUGGAGCCAUCCUUUCGGAUUACCAACGCGUACGCGUGGAGAACGUUUGCAGCCGCCUGAACCUGAUAUCCCUGGCCUAUUUGUGGAGGAGAGAUCAGACUGAAUUGCUGCAGGAGAUGAUCGACUGCCAGGUGCAUGCCAUCAUAAUUAAGGUGGCUGCCCUGGGCCUCGUGCCGGAUCGACACCUGGGCAAAUCGCUGCGAGAGAUGCAGCCGCAUUUGUUGAAGAUGCGCGACAAGUAUGGACUGAAUGUAUGCGGCGAGGGUGGCGAAUAUGAGACAUUCACCUUGGAUUGCCCAUUAUUUCGUCAACGUAUCGUUGUCGAGGACAUCCAGACGAUCAUCAGCAGUGCAGAUCCCAUUUGCCCCGUUGGCUAUAUUAAUUUCACCAAAUUAACGCUGCAGCCAAAGGAGGCGGCGGGCGCGGCCAGCGGCGGCGGCAGCGGCAACGAUGUGGUGGUGUUCGUGAAACGUUCGCUCGACUAUAUAAGCGAUUUGAACGAAUCAACGUACAGUGACCUCAGUGAUCCCGAUUUUAGUGAAACAGAAUUGGAGCUGAUCGAAAAGGAGACUAGACUGCGCGAAUCGCUUAGCCAAAGUGAGCUGAUAUCGCGCAGUAACUCCUUUGGCCGCCAUCUGGCCGCCACCGCCUCCUCGCCAAUACCCAUUGUCACGAAGAGCGCCAGCGUCGACGAGCCCACAGCGGCGGCGGCGACGAUUUUAGGCGGAGGUGGAGGAGGAAUUGGUCCACCACCAUUCUGUUCUACCUCAGCCUGUGCGUCCAUGCUGCUAACGACCACCGCCGAUGGCAUGAGCAGUUUGGCCAGCUCACAAAGUCAGGGCGGUGGCCAUGGACUCGGGAGCAGUACGGCCGCCGUUUGCGGCUCGCUGUCGCUGGCCAUCUCCUCGCUUGGGCUCAGCGCCAAUACUUGCUGUCAUCCUGGAGGUGGAACUGGAGGAGGUAUAGGAUUAGGAGGAUUAGGAGGAGCACCAUCGGCCGCCACACAACCGCCCAGUCCGCUGAAGUACGAGCGGGAAUUCCGUCCACUGGUCAACGAGGCCAGAGCGGCCAUCAAUGCCAAGGGCUGGAUGUGGCUGGCGGGCAUACAGGGCUCCGGAUCGGAGGGCAUUGAGCAGGGCAUGGAACAGGCCCUGGACACAUUACGCGAUAUGUGCCACGCCAAGGGCUAUGAUCUGCAGGAUCUGUGCUAUGUCACCCUCUACGUACGCUCCAUUGGCGAGUAUCCGGCUUUGAAUCGAGUCUAUCAUCGCGCCUUCGACUUCCAUAAUCCACCAACGCGUGUAUGCGUUGAGUGUCCGCUGCCUGAUGGUUGCCAUGUGGUGAUGGAGGCCAUUGCCUACCGUCAGCCAGUGGCUGGAACGAUAUCCAGUGCCGAGGAAAGAGAUCGUGAGGGCGAGGAGACUGCGGCGGCUUUGCUUAAUGGUCGCCGAAACACGAUGCAUGUCCAGGGCAUCUCACAUUGGGCGCCAGCCAACAUUGGGCCAUAUAGCCAGUCCACCAGGAUUGGCGACAUUACUUACAUUUCCGGCCAGAUCGCACUGGUGCCCGGCAGCAUGACAAUCAUCGAGGGCGGUAUCCGACCGCAGUGCAAGCUCACGUUGCGCCACAUCAGUCGCAUUGCCAAGGCGAUGAAUGCCCAUGGCCAGCUGCGUGAUGUGGUCCACGGCAUUUGCUUUGUUACCCAUCCGGCAUUCAUUGCCGAGGCGCGUCGCCAGUGGGAGCGCCGCACCACCAAUGCCAUUAUGGAUUACAUAGUACUGCCGGCACUGCCGCGAGAGGCACUCGUGGAGUGGCAAGUGUGGGCCCAUACGCACAACGAUCGUUUCGACUAUGAGGAGACUGGCUGUUCGGUGGGUGACUUUACCAUCUCGAUACGUCGUCGCUGGAACUAUGAGAAUAACUGUGCGGCCAUUGUCUGCUAUGUGUCCACUGGCCUGGCCUCGUCCACCACCCAAUUGACCCAGCUGAGCGAUGAUAUAUUGGGCAAUCACUGUCGUCUAGCGCAAUCGGUUAGUGCGGAGCAUCUGGACGAGAUCCUGUCGUAUGUGGUAAAUCGUCUCCUUAAAGACUAUCCGCUGGCCAAGAAGCAGACUCAGCAGCCAGCGAAUUCGGGUACACCACCUGCCACGCCGACUCAACCGGGUGGCGCUGGCGGAGAUCAGCAUCAGCCACUGCCGGCGAUUCAUUUGAAAUUGUUCUAUCAAGUGAAUGCCGCACCGGCAACGGAUCUGCUGCUUCAGGCUCUGCACGAUUUCCGUCUCAAGUGCCAGGAUAUGGCCGCCAUUGUCUAUACAGUGCUGCCAGCAUGCAGCUUGCACAACUUCAGUACGUUCCUGUCCAUCUGCGGGGUGAGGCAUGAGUAGGAGCCUUUUCUCCACGCGCAAGGAGUUGGAGGAUGAGGAUAAGGAUAUGAUGAUGAUAAGAAGGAAAAUGAUGAAACAAUUUGCUGCCACCGCACCAAGCAGAACACAGAAUAUAUAUAUAUAUACAAACACCACUAUAUAUACACAUACGGAUAUAUGUAUAUUGGAUGGGUCUCUAUUUGGUUUGACAAUGAAACGCAUUGGCAGAAAGUAAUCUUUGGAAAUAUACGAGUCAGUUCGCCUCUAAAGUGUUUCCUUUAAAAGUUUCUAUGUUCAGUCUUUUUGUACACUUUAAAUUAUAAGUUCCGAAAAAAGUUUAAGUUGUCAGAGAAAACAAACUUAAACCAACAAUAUUUAUGAGAUUUUUUUUAUACUGUUCAACAUUUUCCCUUAAAUUAUGUCACGAAUUUAUAUGAUCUUAAAUCAAAUCCAAGGCCAACUGCCACGUAUUAUCCACAGAUUACUUUAUUGUCGCACAAUUUUUCAUUUUGCAAAAACAAUACAAAUCGACCCUAUUAAAAUGUAAAAUCAGCUUGCCCUCUGUUGAUAUUGUUAACUAGCAGACGAUCCUAAGAUCGGGAAGAUACCGUAGAGCCUGCAUGCUGCAUCCAUAGAAUAGAACACUUCGUGUCGCAGUUUCGGACCAAAACUCUCUCACAAAAGAUACAAAAAGAAAAACAAAAAAAAAAACCCACACACACACACACUCAAAAUCGGAUCUAUGCAACUCAAGUGUUUCAGCAACUAAGCGAUGGAAAAACCAAGCAUACAAAUUCAAUUCAAAGCAACUUUAUAUAUUAUAUACGAUGAAAGCAAACCUUUUUUGUGCACUCUAUUGCCAAAAAAAAAAAAAGAAAUGAAAAGAAGCAAGCAAAAAAAAACACAAAAAAUAACAAACAACUGUAACUAUACUCUUAUACAACUAUUAACUAUUAAUCGUUUUUCGAUGUGCUUUUCUUUACGCUCCGAAUUUUUUAUAUACAUAUAUUAUAUAAAUGUACAUCUCA